AUGUCCGCCGCCCUGAACCACCCGCUCGUUGAGCCACAGCAGUCUGAGCCCCUCCAGGAGGCCAGCGCUGUCGAGACCACCCAGGCAGCACCUGCUGCUGCGACUGAGGAGAAGCCCGACGACGCAGCUGCGCCGGUAGACGAGACUCCCAAGACCGAGGGCGAGACCGCCGCCGCUCCCGUUGAGGAAAAGAAGGAGGAGAAGCCGAUUGAGCCCAUCUACAGCGGUGCUCUCGGUUACAAGGCCCCUGGCCUGAAAAACGCAUUCCGCUUCUCUAAGAAGUACUUCUGGUUCGGCGAGGAGGCCCCUGUCCCCACGUCCAGCCUCAGCCAGUACCUUCGCGGCGAGAAGGCCGAGGUUGCGCACUCGACUGCGGCCUGGUCCAGCGUCACCGGCAAGGGACUGCUCUACUUCGUCAAGCACGCGGACGAGAAGGCCACCCCCGCUGGUGCCUUGAAGCUUGCCGAUGCCACUGAGCUCACCAAGGACGGAAUUGUCGCUUUCCACUUCAAGCUCCACGGCGGCAAGCACACCUUCGAGGCUCAAACUACUGCCGAGCGCAAUGGCUGGUUCGUCGCCUUUGAGCAGGCCAUCGAGGAGGCCAAGGCUGCCAAGGACAGCAUCGUUGCCAACGAGACCUACAAGGAGGAGCUCUCCAAGCUCGGCAAGCCCGCUACGCUAGCUCCUACCGUUGCCGCUGGCUCCACCCCCAAGAAGAGCACCGAUGUUGCGCCCAAGCCCGCGGAGGGUGAGGCUUCCGCUGUUGCUGGUGAGGAGACCGCCCCUGCUGCUCGCGUUGGAUCUUCCUCUUCCAGCUCUUCCGACGAGGAGAAGAGGCGCAAGAAGGCCGCCAAGAGCAAGAGCCGCUCCGUUUCCCGCGGAAAGCGUGCUUCCAUCUUCGGUGGUCUCCUCGGAAAGAAGGACAAGGCCGAGGAGAAGGUCGAAGAGAAGAAGGAGGAGAAGAAGGAGAAGUCCGAGGAAAAGAAGGAGGAGAAGAAGGCUGAGGAGGCUACUCCUGCUACUACUGAGCCUGCCACUGAGGCCUCCACUGCUCCCGUGACUGCUCCCGUCAUCACCUCCGAGAUCCCCCCUGUCGAGGAGAAGAAGGCCGAGGAGACUGCUCCUGUCGUCCCUGUUGAGGAGAAGAAGGUUGAGGAGAAGCCCAAGCCCACCAAGCGUGGCUCCAUCUUCGGCAACUUCGUGGAGAAGCUGAAGAGCCCUACCCACGAGAAGAAGGAGGCUGACCUUGUCCCCACUGUUCCCGCCAAGGAGUCUGAGGUUGCUACCGAUGCCCCCAAGAUUGAAGAGCCUGCGACCGGUGCGACUGCUCCUGUCCUCCCUCCUGUUGCUCCUGUUGAGGCCGCUCCUCUCGACAGCACCUCAGAAGCCCUGAAGGCCGUGGAGCCCAAGGAGACUAAGGCUACUGGUACUACUCCCCACAAGGAGAAGCAGUCUUUCUCUUUCGGCAAGUUCCUCGGCGGCAACAAGGAGAAGAUCGAGGAGACCCCGGCUGUCGGCGCCCCUGCCGCUGUCGAGCCUACCACCGAGGCUCCCAAGGAGGAGGUUGCCAAGGAGGAGCCAGCUGUUGACGCUGCCACCACCACCCCUGCCACCAAGGAGAAGAAGCGUGGCUCCAUCUUCGGUGCCCUCGGCAGCAAGAAGGAGGGUGAGGGUAAGGGUGGCUUCGGCGGCCUGUUCCGCGCCGCCAGCAAGGCCGGCAAGCCCAAGAAGGAGACCGCUCCCGCCGCCAAGGUUGAGGACGCCGCCGAGCCCAAGGAGGAGAAGACCGAGGUCGCUCCCAUCGCUGAGGAGACCAAGGACACCACCGAAGGCCCUGCUGCCACUGCUACCGAGCCCGCCACCAUUGGCGAUGUCACCUCGGACGCCGUCGCAGUAGGGCAGGACUCCAAAAGCACGCCCCAAGUCUCUGCCACUGCAUAA